UUGAGAAGCCCGCCGCCAUCUCUCGUUUUGUGGUAGACGCGCGUGCUGCAUGCUGAGCGGCUACCAGGUUAUUUUUGGCAGGCACGCUAAGGAAACCUUGGACAAGCACAGAAGCGGCAGGGGCGACCCACUCACCACUAGCCCGUAGCGCCCUCUUGUUUUGCAUCCUCCGCACCUGCUCCUCCACCAACGCGGCACCUGUCUGCGCAGGUCAGACUGCGAGCCGCCGACUCCCUCCGGCCAGGUGGCUUCGCAGUUCGCUUCGCAAUGAACGGCCCUCGCAGGAAGAGGCUGAAGCGGCAGCUCGAGUCGACCAUCAUCCACUUUGACUAUGAUUGCUUCUACGCUAGCGUCUUUGAGCGUGAGCAGCCACGCCUCAAGGCGCUUCCACUCGCCGUGCAGCAGAAGCAAAUUGUUGUGACGUGCAAUUACGAGGCUCGUCGAAGGGGAUUGUACAAGCUGCAGCUGAUUACAGAGGCGAAGAAGGUUUGUCCUGAUGUGGUCAUCGUCUUGGGCGAGGACCUCACACGGUUCAGAAAUGCCUCGAAACAACUGUAUGGCUUCCUGAGCUCCUUCUCUUGGAACUCGCGCUGUGAGCGACUUGGCUUUGAUGAAGUCUGGCUCGAUGUGUCUGAUUUGGUCGACAAUAACGUCACAACACUGAACCUGUCCAACCUUAGCAAUUCUUUCUUUCGUCUGUCGAAGCAUGAUCCAACAGUAGGUUUCCAGUUUGAUGCAACGAAUUAUGCUGGUCCUGUUUAUCCAGAGACACCAAACGAAACACAGGCAGUUACUAUUUCGCAUGGCCUUUUACACUUUCGCCUACUGCUAGCAAGCCACUUGGCUCAGCAUAUUCGACAAAAGCUUGAAUAUGAUCUGGGCUACACAGCUACGGUAGGUGUGUCAACCAACAAGCUUCUUUCCAAGCUUGUUGGCAAUCUGCACAAGCCGAACAGUCAAACGACACUGAUACCGCCGUACACCGCGGACCAUGAUGAAUGGGACAAUGUAACUCCGUUCAUCGACGACCACGAAGUUGGCAAGAUACCAGGCAUUGGCUUGAAGAUCGCUCAGAAGCUUCGACGCCAUGUUUUACAGAGACCAGCAGACUUCAACGCAGGUCUCGUGUACGGUGGAACUAAAGAAGACGUUCGGGUGCGAGAUGUGCGCACCUACCCCGAUAUGGGCCCAGACGUCCUGGAGCGGAUACUUGGUGGUCCAGGAACACUACAUGGCAUAGGCACUCGAGUUUGGGACCUUCUGAACGGCUCCGAUGACACAGCCGUCAGUCAAGCUCGCGAGGUACCUCGACAGAUCAGCAUCGAAGAUAGCUAUAUCCGGCUUGACACCAUCGACGAAGUGGUCAAGCAGUUGCGCGUCUUAGCCAUCAGUCUGCUUAGGAGGAUACGCACCGACUUGGUAGAAGAUGGCCAGGAGCCAACUGAGGACUCAGCUGCCACCAGCAGGCCAAUCACUCAACGCUGGCUCGCCCAUCCUAAAACCCUCCGCCUUUCGACACGUCCACGCCCACCACAGAACCCAGAUGGAAGCCGCAAUCGUUCAUUCGCACGCAUCUCUAGGUCAGCACCAAUGCCAAACUUCAUCUUUAGUCUGAAAGAGAGCAUUGAGACACUUGCUGAUAGGCUGAUUCGCGAGACACUCAUACCACUAUUCAAACAGUUGCAUCCUGAGAAGCAAGGAUGGAAUUUGAGCCUCGUCAAUCUUGCCGCGACCAACAUGGUGGAGGGAGCGAGUGAAAAAGGUGGAGCUGGCAGGGACAUUGGUAAGAUGUUCAGCCGGCAGGACGAUGUACUGGCGCCCUUCAGGGUGCGGGACGGACCUGCUCAAGGGGACAUGAAACAUGUUGCAGAAGAGCAGCAUAUGGCAGGGGAGCAUGCAGAACAGCUGCAAAUCAGGGCCAAGCCUCACCAGUAUGAGCCGAAAUUUUCAACGAGCAGAUUCGGCUCAGAAGAUGUUCCUACACCAUCUCAGGAAUACGACACCGACAUCGACAUCGACGAUACCCGGGAAGAAGAUAACGAUAUGCUAGAUGCUGACACGUACCGGUGUGAUGAGUGCGGCGCCGUUAUGCCGCUCUUCGCGAUGGGUGCUCACGAGCGGUGGCAUAUUCAAAAUUGAGUCGACGACACUAUAGUCAAGUUUCUUUGAUAGCAAUGUAAUAUCAAGAACUGGAGGGGAACAUACUAAGCGCUAAGCUUUCACACAGCUUUGCAGCCGAAGGGGGCCAAGCCUACGGUGAGAGCGGGGUACAACCUAGGUGCGCAAGGGU